GCUCGAAUCAUCUUCAAAAUUGCAGUCCUUACCUUCAAAACUCUCUUAUUAAAAUUUCCAACAUAUCUAUACGACCUCAUAUCCAGACAUGAACAUACUAGAUCACUCCGCAGCAGCUCAACAGGUUUCCUAAACAUUACCAUUGCCGGAUCUCACCUGGCUGGCCGCGGUUUUCGUCACGCUGCUCCGUAUGUCUGGAAU